AUGCAUCUUCUACAAAAGAUAAGAAAUCAAUUAUUACUGAUUCCACCCAGCUUCAGAAAGAUACCUUCAAAUUCCCAAAAUAUUGCACCCACUAUUUCUUACGAGCAAAAGAAAGAACAAGGCUUAAUUCAGGAAAUAUCUGCAGAUAAUAGCCAGGAUGAUGCAUUCCCAUCCACCCAAGAUCAUGACUCCAUAUCUCCGGAAUAUGCGACUGAAAUUUUGCUGACCUCAGAUAAAAAUUAUAGUAUUGAUACCGAAGGUGAGCAUCAAACUGAUUCCUAUUGGGUUCUCAGUUCACAUUGUCCACUAUGUAAAGAAAAUCAUAUGAGUUUAGAUGGUAAGUGGUGGCUAGAUAGUCGAAGUAAAAAUACAUAUUAUUUACAUUGCACUAAUUUAAAAGAGCCAGGAAUUCCAUACGAUGAUGAUAUAAAAGGCUCAUUCGCAUUAGAAAAAGAUAAAAAUAGUUUAUACAAUAAUUUAGCCGUCCAGGUAAAAUUAUUAGAGGAUGAACUAGCCAAAGCCAAGUUAACCGAAUGUUUGCCAUUAAAAGAAGGUUCAAAUAAUGAUGUUGAUGAUGAAUCUUCUAGAACUGAUGAAGAUAUAAAUAAUUCUCGCCAGCUUAAAGACCCAAGUUGGCCCAAGAUAUAUCCAUGGGUUUAUCGUGGAGAAGGACCACUGAAAAAAUUUAUGUUUUGUCAUUGGUGCAAGGAUGCUGGCAAAAAUAAUAACAUUACCAAAGGUUGUAAAUACUUUAAAAAACAAUACUUAGAUCGGCAUGUUAAUAUUAAUGACCAUCGGAUGGUUUGUGCUGCUCAAAUGCAAUCUCAAGUUAAUUUACAUUCCAGUUUUGCUAUUCAAGCUGGAACUGAUCAAAUAAAGGUUAUGAGAAAUAUGCGCAAUUUAUAUUUUUUGAUUCAAUAUAAUUUGUCUACAAAUAUAUUUGAAGAUUUAUGUAAGCUAUCUAAAAUUCAAUAUCGCGAAGAACAAAAUCAAUUUGAAUGUGGUAAUAAAACUUUAAAUGUAUUUGACAAUAAUCAACUCACUGAUGAUGAUAAUGAACGAGCCCCAUAUGGCAGUUAUCAAAAUAAUGUUUCAGCAUGUAAAUUUAUUGAAUCAAUUGGUCGUGUUAUAGAACAAAAAAUUUUUCAAAAACUACGUGAUGCAGGUGGUUGGAGUCUUAUGAUUGAUAAAAGCAAUACUAUAUCUAAUGAAAAAACUUUGGCAAUUGUUUCUAAGCAUUCAAUUGCACCAGCAAACCCAAUUUAUCGAUUUCUUGGACUAAUUUUAUUGUCUGAUAAUACUGCAAAUACGAUAGUUGCUGAAAUGAACCAUAAAACUUCUAGCAUUCACAUUGGUGUAGCAACUCAACUUAAAAAGAAAAAUUCAUUUAUUCUAGAGCAUCACUGUAUUUCUCAUAAAUUAGCAUUAGCUGCUAAAGAUGCAGCUAAACAAGUAGAAGAAUUUAAGCUAUAUGAAAAAAUUGUACAUAGUAUUUAUAGUUAUUUUUUACGAAGUCCAGAACGUAUGAUGCACCUUAGAAUGAUAGAAGAAAAUAUUGGUGAUCCACAUCUUACAGUUUUGAAUAUCAUUAAAACUCAUUGGUUAUCAUUAUCUAAUGUUAUUCAAAACUUGCAUCAAAUUUUAAACUCAAUAAUUGAUGCAUUACUUGAAGAUUCAUAUGAAAAUACAUUAAGGCGAAUGAAUCUUAUUUUUCAAAAAAAUAAUGUUACAAUUCGUGAAGUAAAAACUCAACUUGAUAUUACAAUUUAUACCAUUCAAUCACAAUUUCUUGGAAUAGAUGAAGCUGAACCAACCUGGGGAAUUAAUUUGCGCAAGUAUAUGAAUGAUAAUGAUAUUAUUGCAGAAAAAUUACCUGUCAUUGUUACAAAAUUUGCACGUGCUGCAAUUAAAUUAUUAGAAAAAAGAUUUCCAAACCGAAUUCAAAUUGAUGCAUUUCAUAUUUUUGAUCCAAGGGCCUUACCAAUUGAAAAUUCCAACUUUCAAAAGUAUGGUGAAGAUGAAAUUGAAACUUUGGGUAAUUUUUAUGGUGAAAAUAAGAAUAUUUCAGGAAAUUUAUUUCUGGGAAUUUUAAAUUCUGAAAAUCUAACCCAUGAAUGGCCGUCAGUUAGAUUCCUUUUAACUAAUUAUAGAAAUUCAAAUUUUUUGGAAGCAUGGAGAUGCAUUUUUUCUGACCUUCCUACUUUUAAUGAGAUUUAUCCUGAAAUAGCGAAGUUAAUUUCUAUUUUAAUUAAUCUUCCUUUAACUAAUGCUGUUGUUGAACGUAUUUUUUCUCGGCAAAAUUUAAUUAAAACCAAGCUUCGAAAUCGUAUGAGUAUUUUUACUUUGAAUUAUCUUCUUCUUAUUUCUUUUAAUGGACCAAAAUUAGAAGAUUUUAAUUUUCAAUUAGCAUAUCAAGAAUGGUGUAAACUUGAUCGAAGAAUUAAAUAA